UCCUCCUCCUCCUCCAUUUAAGCGCAGAGCGCGUGUCGCCGCUGCCUCCUCCAUCACACACACGAUGCCUCCGUUCGACAGGACUCCGCUGCAGAACAAACCGUUCAAACAGAGGAAGAGCUUCGCCACGAGGAGGCAGGAGGUGGCGGGGAUCCGGUCCAAGUUCCCCAACAAGAUCCCGGUGAUCAUCGAGCGAUACGAGCGGGAGAAGUUUCUUCCUCCGCUGGACAAGACCAAGUUCCUGGUCCCGCACGAGCUCACCAUGACGCAGUUCGUCACCAUCAUCAGGAACCGGAUGGCGCUGCUGCCCACGCAGGCCUUCUACCUGCUCAUCAGCGACAGCGGCCUGAGCAGCAUGUCGCUCACCAUGGCUCAGGUGUACAAGGAGCAGCAGGACGAGGACGGAUUCCUCUACAUGACCUACGCCUCGCAGGAGAUGUUCGGACACUGACGCACACGCCUCCCGCUCCUUUUUUAAUUCAGUGUGUCGGACCUCCUGAUCUACUGUACAUACCAGAAUAUUUUUAAUUUAUUGUAAAAAAAAAAAACAGUUGAUUUGUAAGAUGGGAUUUUAAUUAUGUUUAAUUAUGUGGCUCCAAUAAAUCUUAUGUCAAAACUAUGA